AUGCAAAUACAAUCACUUACCACCACGCAUACUCGCUCGCCGCCCAGCUACAGUCUCAACGUAGAGCUCGAUACCGGCAACAACGUCACCAGCCGGCUACUAGAUCGGGCAUGCACCCAACCAAGGUCUUGCCGCCGACAGAAGCCUACACUUUUGAGCACAAAGAGAAGUUCAAAGACUCCCGGUCCAGCGUGCUCAUGGCGCGAAAGAGUUCUGGAGCUUUUCGACCCUGCAUUGCGUGAUGCAGAAGACCUGAUGCUGUCACUUCCUUACACCGAUAUUAGAGAGAAGACUUACAAUUUUGCAACCAUCUUGGAUGGAGUGCCGUUGUCAGGAUCGGAAAGCGUCGCAGCCAGACACCUGUCAGGCAAUUCGGCAUCUUGCAAAGCACGAAGCAAUUGCACCACUUCAGCAACGACAUAUUUGUCACAAGGAGACCGCAGUACGGCAUUACCUCAUGGUGGCGCUCUGAUACCUAGGCAACGUUAUAAUUUGCCUUCUAUGACUAAGGCUAUCUACACUUGCUACGAAUCUGUAGUCGCCAUCGUCGCAAGCUAUAAUCAAAUCUUGGGCCACGACACCGAGAUGCAAGCUCGUAGGGCUCUUACUGCGGCCCUGGCAGCAAUGGACAACAUCGCGUCAUGA